AUGCCGAACGAUAGCAAGUCUACAGUCAACGCUUCGCACGAUGCGAAGAAAGUGUUGGCCGAUGAGUCGAAGCCUGACCGCUCAAGGAAACUUCACAUCUCGGAUCUGCCAAUGAACUGGUCAAACUGGUACCAGCACAUCGAUUGGUUGUCGACUUUCUUUAUCAUCGUUGUGCCUCUCAUGGGACUUAUCACAGCAUACUAUCAUCCUUUAAGAUUGUAUACGGCCCUCUUUGCCAUCUUCUACUAUUUCAAUACUGGACUCGGCAUCACCGCUGGUAUGAAACUCUCUGAGACAAGGCAGCUUGGUGACACACUAACGCCCGAGUUAUNNGCAGGGUACCAUCGUUUGUGGGCACACACCUCGUAUAAAGCUUCCCUCCCGCUGAAGAUAUACCUUGCUGCGGUCGGCGUUGGAGCCGCGCAGGGUUCUAUCAGGUGGUGGGCAAGAGGCCACCGUGCUCAUCACCGCUAUACCGAUACUGAGAAAGACCCAUAUUCAGUUCGCAAAGGUUUCGUGUAUUCGCACAUCGGUUGGAUGGUCAUGAAGCAGAAUCCGAAGCGAAUCGGGCGUUCUGAUAUUAGCGACCUGAAUGAGGAUCCUGUCGUGAUAUUCCAACACAGGCACUAUCUCAAGUGUAUUCUCUUCAUGGCUCUCAUCUUCCCUACCCUGUGCUGCGGUCUCGGUUGGGGCGAUUGGCUCGGCGGAUUUCUCUAUGCGGGAAUCAUCAGAGCAUGCUUUGUGCAACAGGCCACCUUCUGCGUCAAUUCUCUAGCCCAUUGGCUCGGUGAUCAGCCAUUUGACGAUCGCAACUCUCCCCGAGACCACGUCUUUACCGCCCUUGUUACUCUCGGCGAAGGAUACCACAACUUCCACCACGAAUUCCCUUCUGACUAUCGCAACGCGAUAGAAUGGUGGCAAUAUGAUCCUACCAAGUGGGCUAUCUGGACGUGGAAAAAACUCGGGCUGGCCCACGAUCUCAAAAAAUUCCAGUCUAACGAGAUCGAGAAAGGUCGAAUCCAGCAAUUGCAAAAGAAGGUUGAUCAGAAACGAUCUCAGCUUGACUGGGGUACACCUAUUGCCCAACUUCCUGUCAUGACAUGGGAUGAGUUCGUCGCCCAGGCUAAAGCCGACGGCAAGGCUCUCAUCUCAGUAGCAGGAGUUGUCCACGAUGUAUCAGGGUGGAUUCAGGACCACCCGGGUGGCAAAGCACUGAUCCGGUCGUUCUUGGGCAAAGAUGCAACAGCCGUUUUCAAUGGAGGCAUAUACGAGCACUCUAACGCUGCCCACAAUCUUCUGUCCACCAUGCGUGUUGGUGUGGUCUAUGGUGGUGGUGAGGUGGAGGUUUGGAAGAAGAAUUGGGAGGAAAGAGCGAUUGCCCAUGCUCUCAAAGCUGAACCCAUUGAGAGAUAA